GAAAAGGAGAGAGAUGGAGGAAGAAAAGAGAGAAUUGAUGAGUUUGUUAGUUGUUACAAAAAUGUUCCAACGUGUGGAAUCAAACUUGAUGUAAGAAGAUCCCUAAGUUUGUUUUCGUGCAAUCUUCUCAUGCGUCCAAAAUCGGAACAAACUGCCCAUAUGAUCCGAUGAUGAAGUUAUUAGCUAAUAGCUCUAGCUAGCUAGCCAUUUCAUAUUUUUACUCAUAAUUUGUUUUCAAAUAAUUCAUUAAUUUUACGUAAACAACCCAUAUAAUUUGUUUUCAAAUAAUUCAUUAAAACAAAAAGAAGAAGAAGAAAAAAAAAUUAGCGAGAAUAUAUGGCGUCAGUUGGAGUUCACAAAAUCAAAAACAAAAAAUUCACAACAGUCUUUGUACCUCUUUAUAACUAAACACCAAAUCCGCUAUUUCAAAGCCUGGCUUCCGGGCGCUCAGCAAAGCAGCAGCUUUACCAUUUCUUUGCUCUUCUAAUUUCCUUAAUCCCCCGCCGCCAUGGAGACGCCGCUGCUCACCCACUCCGGCGCCGGCGGCGACGACUACGCCCCGGUCAAGUCCCUGCCGGCGCUCCGGUCGGUGUUCCGCACCGAGACCGUGAAGCUGUGGAGGAUCGCCGGGCCGAUUGCAUUCAACACGGUGUGCCAGUACGGGCUCAACUCCGUCACCAACAUGUUCGUCGGACACAUCGGCGGGCUGGAGCUCUCCGCCGUCGCCAUUGCACUCUCCGUCAUCAGCAACUUCUCCUUCGGAUUCUUGCUAGGAAUGGGGAGUGCACUGGAAACCCUCUGCGGCCAAGCUUUUGGAGCAGGACAGGUCCACAUGCUAGGAAUCUACAUGCAAAGAUCAUGGAUCAUCCUCUUGGUCUCCUGUCUCUUCCUCCUCCCUCUCUACAUCUUCGCCACUCCAAUCCUCAAGCUCUUAGGCCAGGAAGAACAGAUAGCCAAUCUAGCAGGCCAAUUCACCGUCCUCAUAAUCCCACAGCUCUUCUCCCUGGGAGUGACUUUCCCAACCCAGAAGUUCCUCCAGGCGCAGAGCAAGGUCACUGCUCUGGCCUGGAUCUCGCUCGCUGCGCUGAUGGUGCAGAUCCCUCUGCUGUGGCUCUUCAUCUUCUGGUUCGAUUGGGGCACGACCGGUGCAGCUCUGGCUUAUGACAUGACAAGCUGGGGUGUGGCUAUAGCUCAGGUUGUUUAUGUGAUCGGUUGGUGCAAGGAAGGUUGGACCGGACUGUCGUGGCUCGCGUUUAAGGACAUUUGGGGGUUCGUCAGGCUGUCGUUGGCGUCUGCUGUCAUGCUUGCUCUUGAGAUUUGGUACUUCAUGAGUGUCAUUGUGAUUACUGGUCAUCUUGAUAAUGCUGUCACGGCGGUUGGAUCACUUUCGAUAUGUAUGAAUUUCAAUGGAUGGGAAGCGAUGGUGUUCAUUGGGAUCAACAUAGCUAUAAGCGUUCGAGUAUCGAAUGAGCUAGGAGCAGGGCAUCCUAGAGCAGCGAAAUACGCGGUCUACAUCGUCGUGUUUCAGUCGUUCCUAAUCGGGCUGUUGUGCAUGGUGGCCGUGCUGAUAUCGAAGAACUACUUCUCGAUAAUCUUCACCAAUGACAAAGACCUGCAGGUAGCUGUGUCUAAGCUGGCGUUCCUGUUGGGGAUAACCAUGGUUCUCAACAGUGUGCAGCCAGUCAUUUCAGGUGUGGCUAUUGGUGCUGGGUGGCAAGGGCUGGUGGCUUACAUCAACAUAUUCUGCUACUAUGUAUUCGGGCUGCCACUAGGGUUUCUUCUCGGCUACAAAUUUAACUUGGGUGUCACGGGGAUUUGGGGUGGAAUGAUUGCAGGGACGGCAUUGCAGACUCUGAUACUCUUGAUCAUCCUCUACAAAACCAACUGGAACAAAGAGGUGGAGCAAACAACAGAGAGAAUGAAGAAAUGGGGUGGCCAUGAGAUCAAUGGUGAUAAUCAGAGGAAGAUCAAUGGAGCUUGAAAACAGGGGAGAAAGGAAAUGAAAAGCUUUGAGGAUGAUGAGUUUGUGGUUUUGGGAAAAUGAUUAAUGUAAAGCAAUGAACUAGAGAGGACAUCCCCAAUUGAAACUUGGAAAACCCCAUAUUCUAGUUAGCAUUUUAGAGUUUUUCCUCCUUUUUGAGUAAGCCUAGUCUUAAUCUAUGGGCAGUUCUCCUGGUUCCUUAACUCUCUGAUUACUGUUGUAUUAUGAAAAAGUUAUUAUUGCCAUGGCUGGCUAGGGCUGUUAGUUUGGUUUGGUUAACAAACCAUUAAGCAUGAAAAAAUCAAAUCAGACAAAUUCUCAAAAAUAAAAAUAAAAUUUGGAUGAUAUGUUUUUUGGAAGUUCUUUUAUGCCUUCUUGAUAUGUUUUUGUGCUUUUCAAGGUAAAAUACUACCUAGGAGAAUUUGGAUCAAACAUUGGAUGAUUCUGGAGGACCAAACGAACUAAAGAGAGAAGAAUAUGAAGUUUUAACAAGGUUCAAUAACGGAGAAACCUACUAGGAACCACGAGUAAAGCCCAAGAGGAGUCCAAUGGAGGAAAACUCGGCCCAAACCAAAGCAAGAACCAGUGUUCCCAGUAUGAUUCUUGUUUAUCUUUAUAAUUAUUUGUGCUAUUAUUUCAUAUGAUGCUUGUAUUUAUGCUAUUGAAUUUCAAUGCUUAUCAUGGGUGUAUGUAUGCUUUUAGUUUCGAUGCAUAUGCGAUGGGAAUGUUUAUCCAGUAUGAAUGCUUUCUUAUCAUCGAUACUUAUGAUUAUAUAGUAUACCACAAUAUGCAUUGUGCUUAGUAUCAUCUAGGUUGUUAAAAAAUUACCCUAUAGUGAUACCUCAUUGAUGCUACACGAGUAGAGAUAGAAUGAUCAACCAUAUAUAUCUCGAGUAGUAUCAACGAUUGUUUGUUAGAUCAUCGAUGUUAUAGAUCAUCAAUUGUGCCUCAAGAGGCUCACACUAAUCAUGUGCUAUCUUCACUUUUUUGUUCUUCAUUGAUUAGGUGAUGACAUGAAGUGAAAACACACAUUAGCUACUCAAGUUCCUAUUGCAGGUGGCGAAAGCUCGAGUAGGAUUAGGGAUGGUGAUUUGAACCCGCCCCAUCAAGUAUUACUUAACCUGUCCCGUGAUGGAGUAGGUAUUAUCCGACCCGCAGUAGGGUGGAGUGGGGCAUGUGAAUCUACUUUCGACCCGUCCCACCUCACCCCGUUAUUAGCUCAUUCUAUCUCAAUUCAUACAAUAUAUAUUAUAUUCCUCCUAUUUUGGCUUUAUUUCAACUAGUUAUACUUGACUUUCAGCUAUUUAGACUCAAUUAUUCAUUCUAUUAUCACUAUUUUUCAUUCAUACAGUGUUUUCCCUUUGUUUUAUCGUAAAAAGUAAAAUUUUGUGUAUAUU